GAUAUCGUAUACAAAAUAGAAAAUAUUUUAGAUGGUUAUACUACAGCAGAUAUUGAUUAUUUUUGGGGUUCUGAUCGAAGAAAACAAAGUCAGGUAGUUGGUUUUGAACCGCUGUCUUUGCCACAGUUCAAGGCAAUUGGAUAUCAAGUUAAUGUUACGAGAGCUAUCACAUCAUCAGGUGCCUAUGUGCGUUUAUAUUUUGAAGUACUUCUCGGCCGAAAUCUUGGUUUCUAUCUUAUGAAUAUAAUAAUCCCUUCAAUGUUGAUUGUAACUAUAUCAUGGGUAUCAUUUUGGCUCAAUCGAGAAGCAUCACCUGCGCGUGUGGGCCUUGGGGUAACCACUGUCCUCACAAUGACUACUCUCAUUACUACGACAAAUAAUGCUAUGCCAAAAGUUAGUUAUAUCAAAGGUCUUGAUGUUUUUCUUAAUUUUUGCUUCAUUAUGGUAUUUGCAAGUCUUGUUGAAUAUGCUGUUGUUAGUUACAUGAAUAAAAAAUUAGCCCAAAGGAGAGAAAGGAGACGGAAACAAGCGGAACAGCAAAUGCCUGUUGAAAUGCCGAUGUACAAUCAAACAACUUCACGCAAUAUUUUGGGAACAAAGAUAGAAAUUCCACCAGAUUGUGAUUGUCGUACUAUUCCCUUAAUGCAGCAUCCUCGUUUAAUUCCUGAUCCAGUAAUGUGGCCAGCUCCAUUUGCAAAACCUAAAAAAGCUUCUCGAGCUUGCCGGAAUGUAACACCAUCAAAAAUUGAUAAGUGCUCUCGAUAUUUAUUUCCUCUCCUAUUUGUUUUUUUUAAUGAUGGAUAUACAAUGGCCACAAUUCAUUACCACUGGUGCAGUCAUAAGGAACCAAAUUGUAAUUCAGGAAUUGGAAUGGAACCAAUUGAAUUACCAAGCUACAAAUUUAAUAAAGCAUGUAUGAAUAAAACUAUCGCCACUACUUCAUCAGGCAACCGAAAAAGUUCAUAUUGCCGCUUAUGGGUGCAAUUCUAUUUCCAACGCCAAGCUGGCUCAUAUAUGUUACAAAUAUUCGCACCAGCUACAUUGGUUGUUUUCAUAAGUUGGGUUUCUUUUUGGAUAAGCAGGGAUUCGGCUCCAUCGAGAACAAUUAUUGGCACUCUUACUGUGCUUAGUGAGACUUAUCUCAUCACUGGUACCAACAGACGAUUACCACCAGUGUCUUAUAUAAAGGCAGCUGAUGUCUAUUUGGGAUUUUGUUACUUGAUCGUUAUAUUAGCACUAAUCGAAUAUGCAUGUGUCUCUUAUGCGAAAAAAAAAUGUGAUGAUCGAAAUAAAAAGCUGAAAGCUCGAUCUAAAGCACGAUUUAAAUACGUAAAUCUUAUAUUUUGGCAUUAUAUUCGCGAGGAGACUUUUAAUAUUUCAGAAUCGAAGAUUGAUAUUUGCACGUGUCACAAGAAUUCUUCAACAGUUGCAAUCAUUUUUAAAAUGCCAACUUUUCAAGAAUGCAUGACGCAUGGAAGAAUCGAUCUUGUUGCAAGAAUUAUUUUCCCUAUGUCGGUAAGUUUUUUAUCAGUAAUUACCAUAUCAAAGAUUUUUUUUGAACUAAUCAACUAA